AUGGCAUUAGAUGGGGGCCCCCGAUCAGCCUCCAUAAUCACUGUUGAACCUACCGUCUGCGCCGUCGUUUCCAGAGAAGUGCUUAAGACCCAUAUUCAACGGGAUCCCGACUUUGCACUCGAUAUGAUCAUGCGCCUCAUUCAACGGGCGCGCGUUGCCACUGAGAGCGCCCGCGGAUUAGCACUACUAGACGUCUAUGGCAGAGUACGCCAGCUUCUAGAAAAUGAGGCGACCCCUCAAAGCGAUGGGAGCCGCCUCAUUGAAAAUAAACUAACGCACCAGGAUAUCGCAGAUCAAGUUGGUGCGUCCCGAGAGAUGAUUACCAAAGUCCUCAAAGAGCUCGCCGUUGGCGGCUACAUUUCGGUCGAAAGGCGACGAAUACGAAUCGUUAAGCUCUUGCCGACCGGCUGGUAG